CACAAACGACGCAGCCGAGGCAGAUCCCGCCUACUGCCGCAGCAGAUCUACCUCUGCACCCCCUCUGGUCGCCGCACCCACCCAUCUGACGAACGAAGCGACGACGCACACAAUAGCUGCCAUCUGUCGUCGGUCUAGGUGCCUCGCCUGACCGGACGCACAGCACGCGACCUCCCGGCUGCAGCCGACCGACACAUCCCUCUCCCUCUCGCCAGCCGAGAUCAGCCAGAUCCGCCAAUAUGCAGCUGAGCAUCAAGACGGAAACGCUGCUGUGCGUCGCGGCGGUGCUGCUGGCGGCCUCAUGCAUGCUGCUGGGCACCAUGGCGGGCGACUCGCUGUGGAUGUACGCCCUGGAGGCGGCGGGCGCCCUGGGCAUCCUGGUCUUCUGGCACGUGUCUCCGUCGCUCAUCGCGUGGGUGGCCCGAUGGUGGUCCAAGGCGUCAUUCCCCCUGUCCAUCCACCCGUCCAAGGACGCCCACCACCCCGGCAGCGGCAAGACCGUCGAGAGCGAUGGCGACUCCACUCUCUCGAACGCCUCUGUUGACGAAACGCCCCGUAGCGAGCGUGUGGUGCCCCUCGUCGACUCACCCGCGCUCAUCGAGACAUCCCCCGGUGCCAGCCACGGACAGAACCAAAGCCAGCCCGCCGGUGCUCCCCGUGACAGGGGCGAGGUGGCUCGGGAGAUGGCGCAGACGAUCGUGCACCUGUGCAAGACGCGCAACGGGCGUGCCUAUGGCGUGUAUCGGCGGUUUGUGAGUGAGGGGUAUGACGCCGAUGUGGGGUACGACGAGGGCAUGUAUGUGAGUCUGGUGGCGUUUGCGGCUCACGGAGGCCACAAGGACUUCCACGAGGAGGUCAUACAGACCAUGAAGGUCAGUCCGCCUGUGUGUGGGGGGAGAGGAACACGUGUGGGGUGUGUGUGUGUGGUGGGUCGAUCUCCAUCUUUAUGUGUGUGAUGGUGUGUUGUGUGUUGUGUGUGGUGUGUGGUGUGGUUAGGCGCACGGUGUGUCGUGUCCGUUUGGGUUCUUCCAAGCGUUGAUGAAGAUCUUCUCGUCCAAGCAGAUGUACGACAAGGCGCUCGGCCUCUACGACCUCAUGAAGCAGCAGAACGUCGAACCCGACGCACCCAUGCUCAGGUACGCAACAUCCCACCCCUCUCUCGUGUGUGCGGACGCCAUUCCACCCCUUUGUGUGUGUGGUGUGUGGUUUGUGUGUGUGGAUGUUAUGUGUGUCAGGUGUUUGAUCAACUUUGCGUUCGAGUGCAACGACCCGGUCAAGGUGGAGGUGUUCUUCGCCGCCCUCAAGAAGCACGAGCUCCCCUCCAUGAAGUCCUACACCACACUCAUACGCGCAUACUCCAAGAAAAACGACGCAUGGGUCAGUCGGUACACACCACCCCACCACCCCACCACACACCCCAACACAAAUCCGUUGUUGUGCUUUGUGCUGUGUGUGUGGUGUGAUCGUCACACAUCAGGCCGCGUUGAAGGUGUUGCGUGAGAUGCUGGAUUGCGGCGUGGAGACCGACAGCCUCGUCCUCAACAGUGUCCUCAGCACGUGUGUCGGCGCCGGCCAGCUGCAGAUCGCCGAAACACUCGUCAACGAAUCCGUCCAGGUGCGCACGCCCUCCUAACACACACACGGACGGAUGCACACCUCUGUGUGUGUGUGUUGGUGGAUGGAUGGAUGUCUGUAGAUGUGUGAGGAGGGUCAGACCCUGUUGGCGGACAUCGUGAGCUUCAACAUCCUCAGCAAGGGGUACGCGCAGAAGGGCGACUUCGACGGCGCACUCAAGACACUCCGCGCAUCCGAACGCGCCGGUCAGCAACCGCCCCGCCCCCUCCCCCCUCCCACCCAGACACACCGAACCGGCGCGCGCCAAAUACGCAUUUCUUCUGUGUUGGCCACCUUCCUCCUUUGUCACCUUCCUCCUUUGUCAGGUCUGCAGCCCAACGACAUUUCCUACAACACGGUGAUCGACGCUGCGGUGCGUUCGAAGCGUCUGGACGAGGCGUGGGGUCUGGUGCUGGAGAUGGGGGAGAAGGGCAUCGAGGCGGACAAGUACACCUGCUCCAUCCUCAUCAAGGGGCUGCACAACAUCGGCCAGGGACCGGCGCGGGAGGCCCACCUCAACACCGCACUCGAGUACCUCAAACGGCUGGGCGUGAGCGAGUCGUCGAGACUGCAUGAGGUGAGCAUGAGGUGGAAUGGGUAGAUCUUCCCCCCUCCCUCCCCGCCUGUGGAUGCCUGGUGGGGUGUGGCGUGUUGUUUAGGUCGUGUCAUUCUGUUUGAUGGAGUCUUGUCUGCACAUGAAGGACCUCUCGCGCACACUCGAAGUCUUCCGACACAUACAGCAACAAAAAGUACGGUCACACCAACGCACACACACACAUUCUCUCUCCAGCAAUCACAUGUGUGUGUGUGUGUGUGUGUGUGUAUGCAGGUGAAGGUGUCAGUGGUGACGUACGGCAACGUGAUGAAGGCGCUGGGCCAGGCGGGGCGGCUGCGCGAGUGCUUCGAGCUCUGGGAGGGGCUCAAGCACACCGACCUGGAGCCCACGGCCAUCCUCUACGGCAUCCUACUCGACGCCUGCAUCAACAACGGAGACCUCCCCAGAGCCAUGCAGGUACUGCUACUUCCGCACACCCCUCCGCCCAUCCAUCCAUAUCCAUCUGUGGGUGCAAUCAGGUGUUUGAAGAGGCCAAGAGCAGCGACGCGGUCAACACGGUCAUGUACACCACCAUCCUCAAGGGAUUCGCCCGCACCAAGCAGGUGGACGAGGCCAUGCGCUUCUACCACCAGAUGCUCACCGACGCCAAACAGGGCAAGGACGUCGCGCCCGACCUCAUCGCCUUCUCGGUCCUCAUCCAGGCUCACGUAGAAGGUCCGUGUGUGUGUGUGUGUGUGAGGUGGUGGGUGGGUGCAGACAGAGGGUGCAUAUCUGUUGGCUGGCUGGGGGCAUGUUGUGCGUGUCAGCUGGCGACAUGAGUGGAGCGUUCAAGGUAGUGGAGGACAUGAAGGGCCACCACUUCAAGCCCGACGACAUCGUAUUCAACACGCUCCUCAACGGGUGCUUCAAACAGGUAGGUGCGUCGGUGGGCCCAGCCCCCCUCCCUCACACACACACACACAAGGUGCAUUGAGUGUGCUGUGUUCGGUGUGGAUGUGCAGUCGAAUGUGGAGUUGGGUGAGCGAUUGUUUGCGGAGAUGUUGAGUGUGAGCGUCAAGCCGACGGCCGUGACCUUCUCCAUCCUGGUCAAGCUGUACGGCAAGGCCCGCAUGCUGGACAAGGCAUUCCAGGUAUACACAUACCAUACACCGCCGCAUACACACAAUGAUGGGAGUCUGCAUGUGUGUGUGUGUGUGUGUGUGCAGAUGAUUGACGACAUGGAGAUGAAGUUCCACCUGCGCCCGUCGGUGCUCGUCUACACAUCGCUCAUACAAGCGUGCAUCCGCAACAGACAGGUGGGGUACCUCCCUCCCCUCCCCUCCCUAACCAUGACCCAUCCAUCCAUCCAUCCAUGUGUGUGUGCCUGUCAGGUCAAGCGUGCGCUGGAGGUGUUCGACACGAUGAACCGCAAGGGCGAGCGCGGCGACGGCGUCACGUUCGGCACCCUCAUCAACGGGUGCGUGUACGCCCUGCACUUCGACGCCGCCAUCGACCUCAUUCAACAGGCCGCUAACCAGGGCAUCAAGGUGCGUUGAUACCGCCACCACCACCCCCCACACACACGUGAGCAUCUCUGUGUUUGUGCGUGUGUUGGGUGAAUCCAUUGGCAGGUGCCGACGGAGGUGGCGAACAACCUGCUGGGGGCUGUGUUGCGGAAGGGCCAGGAGCACAAGUACGGCCCCACGCUGCUGUCGCUGAUGCACCAGCUGCACAUCCCCGUCCAGCCCAAGCUGCGCGAGCAGUGCGGGCCCAACAUGAUGCCGCCCCCACAUGCCAACACGCAAUACCCCAUCCAGCCCCACACGCCCAACAACCACAGCAACAACCGCCACAACCACAGCAACAACAACCAGGCCUUCAUGCGCUUCCCGCCCCCGCCGCCGCCCAGCCGCUCCAACCGGCCCUUCCGCCACCACAACGAGGGCGGGUACGGCGGGGGGUUUGGCAACCACAACAGCAGCAACUACAACAGCAGCAACUACAACAGCAGCAACUACAACAGCAGCAGCGGCAGCAGCAGCAGGGGCAUGGGUGCGCGUUCGGACAACUGGCGGUGGCGCGAGCCCAACGACAUGUAGAUCUAGACAGACAGCCAUGUAGAUCUAGACAGAUGUGUAGAGAGGGAGGGAGGGAGGGAGGGAGGGAGAGACUGGGUGGGUGACGGGAGGGGACGGAUUACUGUGUGUAGAGGGUUUUUUGAGUCCUGUCGUGUGAGUGAGUCCUUGUAGAGUGAGGGAAUGGAGCGCGGGGCAUCUGUGCAGAGGGAUGGGGGUCACUUGCUCCCACUGCUGACCUUAGAGAGAUACCCUGCGAGGGUGAUUGAUUGAUUCACUGGCUGAGGUGCCUGAUGGCGUCCGUCGUGUGUAUAUUGUGUGUGCUGCUCGCUACUUACUUUCGAAGAAAGGCAGAUAGGCGACCGGCAAAGAUGGCGAGAGGGAGGGCUCGGCGGGCGAGUGGGAGGGCGCAGCCCAGCCGUGUAGCUACCGACCAAUGAAAUGAAGUUAGAGAGGAGAGGAGAGACAAAGGAGGGGUGGGUGCAAACACCGACUGAUGUGGAGCUUCUCUCGCCACCCAGCCAAGCGGCGAACGACAGCUUAGACAGUAGCUGUGUCGGUCGGUCGGUCGGUCGGUCAACGUAGAGAGGAGGGGAGGGGUGUGACAGAGGGUGGACUACGCUAUGCAGCGAUGGCCGUCCGUCUGCUGCGGCGGCGGCCGUCGUGUCUUUUUCCGCGCGCCGAAGGCUCGUGCCACUGGCUGCGUGCGUGUGUCUCCCUCUUUGUGGUCUAUAGAGUCAAGGCUUUCAAGUAGCGAGCGACAGACACCACACACGCACCGACCCGCAGAGAGAGCCGAUGACCCGAGGUGGCGAGUGAUGUGUUUUGCGUGCCUGUUGUGUGUGUGCCCCAACGUUCGGUCGAUUCCAUCCAGAGGCAGGGCGAUGACACACACACACGAGUGCGGAUGUGCUGGUAGAGAUGGCUGCGGGUGGCACGGUAUGGCUGGAGUGUGUCUGCGUAUGCAAUGCUGCCACUCGCCGUUUUCUAUCCUAUGCUGCCAGGGGAGGGGCUGUCCUGUACGGCAAUCUAUCUCGGCCUUAGCGUGUGCCUUUUCGGUGUCGACAUGGACGGAGGAUGGCAUAAUCGACACACUCCUCAAUCCACUGGUGCCCGCCGCCGUCAUGGUCAGCACUGAGGCAGACACCGGAGAGAACGGAUGGAUGGAUAUGGAUGAGGGAGAGAGGGAGGAGGGGUGGAGGGGGGGCCUUCGAUGGAAAUGACAGGUGUGCGUGCCGUGCCGUCCAUAUGAUUGUUCUCACCCUUGUGGCUGUAUUCGAGCGACCCUCGUGGGGGUGGAGGCUGUUCCCAAUCACGUGUGAGCACGCUGACGUGGGCGGGAAUUGCUUCCACCAUGCGAACGUCGUUCGAAUGCAGCCGUGAGGGACGAAUAAGUGGAUGGUCGACAGGGAUGGCUGCGUACACACAGACAGACAGACAGCAUCGCUGGUUUAGGCAGACAUAUGCGCAUUCGCGCGACCGAGUGAGUUGGUGAGUGAGUGGACCUGUACAGACAAAUGCCGCUCACGUGGCAACGGGCCGCUUCCCCACGCGAGCGAGCCCCACUGGUAGCCGUAGACACAGGCAGGCAGGCAGGCAGGCACGCCCCUGCAUCUCUCUCUUGUAACUCUCUCGAACGUCCCUGAGACAGCAUGUGCAUAGCGGGGCGGGCGGGAGGGUGUCACCGUUUCUAUGAUUGCCGCGCGAUUUUGGUUUUAGUGUCUGUCUGUCUGUUGUGUUUGCGCCAAGGCGCUACGUUUGCUUUUCGAGCGCUUUUCGACGAGGUAGGCAGGCAGGCAUGUCGCAUUAGCCGGCUGCAGGCAAAAAGGGACUCCCAUCCAUCCAUCCACCCACCACAGACGGUGGUUUUGGUAGAUAGCGUGUACAGAAAGACAGAGUGGCGUCGCCGACCUGCCAUGGGUGGUGGCCGGCUGCUUUUUACCCAUCGCUGUGUUGACCUAAAAGCAUCGCACACAUCCUGGCAGAAUGCGUGGCGGCUUACAUGAUGGUGUGCAUCUUGUAUUGUGUACGUCGGUGGGGUGGAUGGGACAAUGAACUAUAGCGCAUACAUCCACGAAGCACCUAGUGAUGAACGUAUCGACAUGUAAGAAUGCAG